AUGUCGACCAAAGGUACCUUGUCGACCGGCGCCUAUGUGGCCGUUGGGACGCCUCUGAUUGUCCUGUGUGCGGGUUUUGUGGCUCUUCGAUGCUGGAUGAGCUACAGAGUAUACAAGAAACUACUCAUUGCGGACUAUCUCUCCAUCCUGGGAUGUGCAUUGGUUACGAUCGCUUUCUCCAUGAAUGAUAUCAUCAUCCAGCGAUUCAUGAACCCAACCCACUCCCUCAACUGGCUCAACUGCAUGGCCGUGGUCAUCACGGUGGUCAUCGCCUUUGAGCUCUGGACGACCAAGGUGCCAAUUCUUCUGCUGUAUGUGAAGCUCUUCGGCAUCCAGAAGUGGCUACGCUGGACCUGCCACGCCUGCCUGGCCAUCACAGGGGUUGCGUACAUCUGCGUCAUGGCGCCCACGUUCAUGCGCUGCAACCCCUCCACCACCGAAGCGACUCUGACAGAUCUGGCCGUGUGCACGACCGGUACCACGCUGACGGGCGUGCUCUCUGGGUUCAUCGCGCUGGCCCAGGACGUGCUCAUCUUUUUCUUACCCAUUCCCCUCGUUCUAAACCUGCACAUGCCCCGGGGCAGGAAGCUGGCGGUCGGGGCGGUAUUCUUUACGGGAAUUCUUGGUAUCGUCGCCUCUAUCGUGUCGCUGUAUUUCAAAUGGGAGGCCUAUACGGGUGCGGUGUCGGAUACUCUCGCGACUAUGCUAUGCGCGGUAAUCGAAGGAACAACUGCCAUUAUGGUCGGUUGCGCCCCCUCGAUAAAGCAGUUCUGGAGCACGACAGUGGGCACCUCCUUGUCCUCGUCGGGCCCCACACGAGACACCAACACCGAGUAUGCGUCCUCGCAUCGUUCGCGGGAUCUCAUGCAUUACAAGAAGAUGGGCCUCUCCGAGGUGGAUAUGACGCCAUUACAGCCGAAAUAG